CGUAAACAGUUCAGCCGGAGCCUGGUAACCGAGUGGCGCCUGCAGCAACAGUCACCAGCUCCUCCGCGCGUGGCGAAGGGGCAGCUCUGCUUGGGCUGGGCGAGCCGCGGCCGGAGACCCCCGCUGCCGAGGGCAGCGCUGUCAGGGGGUCUUGCAGCUGCCGCCCCGGCACGGGGCGAGGGACGCGGCUGCUGCCCCGCUGCCAGCCGCGAGCAGGAGGCGGCACCGGUCGCUGGUGCGCAGAUUCUCCCUCGCCCCACGGGGGGGGGCGUCCCUGCCUUCACCCACACCUAGUGGAGGGGGCGGAUGGUGUGAGGGAGCCGGGACCGGGGUCACCGCCGCGGGGGCCUGACGGAGGACGCUCCGCCAGUGACCCGGGAAGCGUGUGCGGUCAGGGUGUCGCGGCAUCGCUCCGCCACCCCCCGGUCGCUUUCCUGGAAAGCGGAGCGGGAGGGGUAGCGGGGUCUCGCUGUGAAGAUGGCGACCCCCGGGAUGAACUGGCAGCAGCAUUACUACGGCGGCGGCGGCGGCAGCGGCUUCUCAGCCAGUGCUGGGAAAUUCGCCGCGUCCAGUUCCCAGCCGGGGCUCAGCAUGGAAUACAGCCAGGAUCUGCACCUCAAAAUGAGCAAGAAAAUAGCCCAGCUCACCAAGGUAAUAUAUGCUUUAAACACUAAGAAUGAUGAACAUGAAGCUGCUAUUCAAGCCCUCAAGGAUGCUCAUGAAGAAGAAAUCCAACAAAUUCUUGCAGAAACAAGAGAGAAGCUCUUACAGUAUAAGAGUAAAGUUGCUGAAGAAAUGGAUCUUAAGAGAAAGAUCCAGGUUUUGGAAGAGUCAUUGGAAGAUCAUAAAAAGAUGAAACAUCAAGCCUUGACAGAAUUUGAAGCUUACAAGGACAGAGUUGAAGAUAUGCAGCUUUGUGCAGAAGCCCAGCAUGUCCAGCGAGUAGUAACUAUGUCAAGAGAAGUAGAAGAGAUUAGAAAGAAGUUUGAGGAGAGGCUACGAAGCUUUGUACAAUUGCAAGUACAGUUUGAGAGAGACAAACGCUCAGCUCUGGAAGACUUGAGAGCAGCACACAGAUUGGAGAUUCAAGAACUUCUGAAAACUCAGCAGAAUCAGAAUGCUACUUUAAGUAAGGGGCAAGAGAAGCUAGAGGAGUUGCACAGCUUGGAACUGGAAGAUUUAAACAGCAAAAUUGAAGAGCUAAGACUAGAGAGGAAAAAACUCAUUGAGGAGUAUGAAGGCAAACUCAGCAAAGCUCAAUCAUUUUAUGAACAUGAACUUGAUGCUUUGAAAAGAUCUCAGCUCUUUACAGCUGAAAGCCUGCAUGCCUGCAAAGAGAAAGAAGUGGAGCUAAGAAGAGAGUUUCAAAGCCAAGAAGCUGUUUUGCGGAAGAACCUUGGGAAACUGAAGACUGAAUUGCAGAUGGUACAGGAUGAAGCGGGUAGUCUGCGAGAAAAAUGCCAAAAGCUUCAGGUAGCUCUCAGUACAGCAGAAAACACUGUUCAGGUGCUUCAAAAACAGCUAGAUGAUGUCAAGGAGGAGGAGAUAUCAUUGUUAAGCAAACACAAGGAGGUGGAAAGUGAGCUAGCAGCUGCUAGGGAACGCUUACAGCAGCAGGCCACAGAUCUUGUACUCAAAGCCAGUCACAUUGGAAUUCUUCAAGCUACACAGAUGACACAGGAAGUUACAAUAAGAGAUUUAGAAUCAGAAAAAUCUAGAUUAAAAGAGAAACUGUCUCAGAUGGAAGAGGAAAGAAAUCUAUUGCAGAGCAAAACACAAAGUCUGGAUGAAAGACAAAGGCAGCAGAUUCUGGCAAUGGAAAAGAAGGUCAAUGAAGCAAGGGAAACACAACGAGAGUAUUAUGAGAAAGAGCUGAUAAAGCUGCAAACCAGAUUGGAAGGGGAGGCUGCACAGUUAAAUGAGGCUCAUUCUAAGACCUUGGAAGAAUUAGCAUGGAAACAUCACACUGCGAUUGAGGCUGCACACAGCAAUGCUACCAAGGAAAAGAAAAAGCUGCAACUGGAGUUGGAGCAGCAAUUUGAAAAGGAGAAACUACAUCUGGAAGGGGAUAAGAAUCAGCUUAGACAGCAGUUGGAAAAUAUGAGGGAAGAACUGACAACAAAGCUGACUUCGGCCAAUCAGGAGGUGUGUCAUCUACAAGACCUAGUAAGAAAAAGUGAACAGGGCCUUGGUACUGCAGAAGGCCACAUCUCCAAUCUUCAGGAAACCCAGGAAAUACUCCAAAAAGAACUAGAGUUAACCAGAGCAAGGCUGAGAGAGACCACGGAUUCAUUGUAUAAUGUUGAGGGGAAACUAGAACAGGAGAGACAGCAGCAUGAAGCAAAGAUUUCUGCCAUGAGGGAAGAGGAAAAGAUGAAAGUUGACAGAAUGGCUCGUGACCUAGAAAUAAAAUGGACAGAAAAUCUUCGACAGGAAUGUAGUAAACUUCAUGAAGAGUUGAGGCUUCAGCAUGAAGAAGAUAAAAAGGCAGCCAUGACUCAGCUCUUGCAACUGAAAGAACACGAAAAAAAUGCUGACAGGGAUGGAUGGCAAAAAAAAGUGGAAGAUCUUUUAGACCAGCGGCACUGUCUCGGUGAAGCUUUGCAUAAAUCUAUCAGCAAUAUCUCCUUGCUGAAACAGAAUCUGGAGAUGCAGCUUUCCCAGUCUCAGAGCUCCUUGCACCAGCUACAGGCACAGUUUAGUCAGGAGCGACAAAGACUUACCCAGGAGCUCGAGGAACUGGAAGAAGAGCAUCAGCAAAGGCAUGAAUCCCUGAAGGAAGCACAUAUACUUGCAUUUCAAAACAUGGAACAAACAAAAGAACAAGAACAAAAGGAACUAGAAGAGCAUUUACAACAAAAACAUUUAGAAGAACUUCAGACACUGAAAGAAGCACACAAACAAGCUAUGGAAGGUUUCAAACUGGAAAUGGAACAGGAACUUCAGACUCUUCGAUUUGAGUUGGAAGAUGAAGGGAAAGCUAUGCUAGCUUCUUUGCGCUCAGAGCUAAAUCAUCAACAUGCAGCAGCAAUUGACCAACUAAAGCACAACCAUCAACAAGAAUUGGUAGCUGCUAAAAUGGAACUUGAAAGAAGUAUAGAACUCAGCAGACGACAGGAGAAGGAAUUUUUGUGCCGAGUAUCAGAUCUGCAGGAUGAAUUCAAACAUCGUGACCAUCAUAUAUCUGAAUUGGACAAGGAGAUUCUGACUCUGCAUGAGAAUAUAAGUGCCCUAACCAAGGAACUGGAGUUUAAGGGGAAAGAGGUUCUCAGAAUACGCAGUGAAUCCAACCAACAGAUUAGGAUACAUGAGCAAGAUUUAAGCAAGAAACAUGAGAAAGAGCUGGAUGUCAUGACAGCAGACCACAUCAGAGAGAAACAAAGCAUACUCGCAGAUUUUAAUAAGACCCAAGAGCUACUCAAGGAAAUUAAUUCAGCAUUACAAGUUUCUUUAGAAGAAAUGGAAGAGAAAUACCAAAACAGAGAAUCAAGACCAGAAGAUUUACAGCUUAUCGCAGAGUUGAAAGACCUGAUUGCAGAGAGGGACCAACUCAUAAAGAAACUGAUCGAUGACAAAAAAUUCUAUCAACUAGAACUAGUCAACAGAGAGACUAACUUCAACAAAGUGUUUAAUGCAAGCCCUAAUGUCGGAGUUAUUAAUCCACUGGUGAAGCAAAAGAAGAAGAAUGAUAAAUCAACAAACAGGUUUGUGAGUGUCCCCAAUCUAAGUGCUCUGGAAUCUAGCGGAGUGGGCAAUGGACAUCCUAACCGCCUGGAUCCCAUUCCUAAUUCACCCAUCCAUGAUAUUGAGUUCAACAGCAGCAAACCACUUCCACAGCCAAUACCACCCAAAGAGCCCAAGACGUUUUUGAGCCCUCCUCAGACUGAAGCUUCACCCGAUCCACAGCGCCAGGAAUGGUUUGCCCGAUACUUCACAUUCUGAGAGAGAAAUGUUUUUUGUGGCAUAGCGUGGUGUGGAUUGUUUAUAAGAGCAUGUCUUUAAGUAAAUCCUAUGUGAACAAGCUUUCCUGUACUAUGUCAAACACUGUGAAUGAGAAAGUAUUUGUCUCUCUGAGUUGAAAAUGCACUGUAUUUCAUGUGGUAUUUGUUGGAAUCACUUGACAUGAUUCUAUAUAAUGUGCGUAAUUAUAUCAAUUAUUUUUAUUUAAAAUGGAAGAGUCUUUAAACUUUGUAAUUAUUACAUAAUAAAUUUUGGUAGAACAAACAUAAGGCUUUCCCCAUUUUUCCUAUAAAUAUAUGUUUUCUUUGGUU